ACAGGCAGUGUGUGAGUGUGGCAUAACCAAACUUGGUAUCAGACGCAAACACCUCCGAUCCUUCUCUCUCCCACCGCUUCCGCUAUGCACCGUCUCCUCCGCCGCACCCGCUCGGCGGACUUCGACGCGCCGGCGCCCACUCCGCUCGCCGCCGUCCCCAUCGCCACCGCUGCUCCCGCCCCGGUCACCCCUUCCCAGGCCGCGCCCGCUGCCGCGGUCGCCCCAGCACUGCGCCGCGCGCACCUUGGCGAUCUGGGCAAAACGCCCAUGCCCGAAGGGGCUGCGGCUCCUUCCUCCUCCACCUCGGCACCUCGCGUGGUGCCCCCUGCCCCGACCACGGGCGUCCUUCGGACGGCCGGCAGCACCCCCGUUCCGCGCCUCCCGCUCGGCGGCACAGGCGGCGCCCUCGUCCCCCAUCCCGGCCUCGGCGGCUCCGUCGCCGGUCCUUCCUCCACGGCCGGCCUCCCGCCCUCCAUCGCGCACUACUUCACCACCAAGCUCCAACUCGAGUCGGGACCUAGCCACGGGGAAGCUCAUCAUGAGGUCCAAUAGCCACGGGGAUCUCUACCCCUUCUUCACCAACUCCGGCGUCCAGGCAGCACUCUCCGUCGUCACCGAUGACAUCUGGCAUCUUCGCUUAGGGCAUGCUAGCAAUAAAUCAGUUUCUAUUCUAGCACGUGAUUUUCUUCCAACUUGUAAUAAAAAUAGGCCUAGCAACUCCGUCUGCUCAUCAUGUAAACUAGGCAAGCAGCCACGGCUGCCUUUUUCCCUUUCCACUUCCAAAACAAGUGCACCUUUCCAAUUAAUACAUUGUGACUUAUGGA